AUGUCGAACCAAACCCCUGAAUCCUGGGAAGAUGACCUCGCCCGACAGGCUGAGGGUGUCAACCUGAACGCACAAUCCCGCCCCCAGGCCCAGGCGCCAUCUUUCACACCAGGUGCCGCCUCUUUCACACCUGGAGCCUCCAGCUUUGUCCCUGGACAACAAUACCAGCAGUAUGCUGGCUACCCCCAGCAGGGCUACCCCCAGUACGGCCAACCUCAGGCCUACGGUGAUUACCAGCAGCAGCAACAGUCUUAUGGCCAAUACAACGCCUACGCCCAGCAGCCCGGUAACUUCAACCAGUACAAUAACGGGCAGCAGCAAUACGGUGGUUACCACCAGCAGCCUCGCCAAAAUGUGCCUGUAGCUCCACCACAACCCGCAGCACCGGCUCAGUCUGCCCCCAAGCCCGCUUCGAGUGCCGCCCCGCCCAAGGCCAAGGUGCUAUCUAUUGGUGCUACCUCCUCCUCCGCCGCCCCUAAGACCAAGGUCCUCUCUAUUGGCACUCCUACCCCCGCCGCGAAGCCCGCCGCGAAGCCCACCGAAACCACCAAAAAUGGCGAUACCACAGGCCCUGCUGCUGCUGAGGCAGGCGCAAAAGCCGUGGCCACCAAGGGUCUUGAUAAGUCAGACAAGGCUGCCGCUAGCGGCAAGUCUUCACCUACACCAUCUUCCGGACGUUCUAGCCCGGCUCGCGGCGAGACUGCUAAACAGGCUCGCGAGGCCAACGCCGUUGCGAAGGCCCAGCAGGCUGAUGUCGAUGACGCAACCUUGAAAGAAAUUUACGGUGAGAAGAGAGAGCACGUCAACGUCGUUUUCAUCGGUCACGUCGACGCUGGAAAGUCCACUUUGGGUGGUUCUCUCCUGCACGCCACCGGUAUGGUCGACGAGCGUACCCUCGAUAAAUACAAGAAGGAAGCCAAGGAGGCUGGCCGAGAGACUUGGUACCUCUCCUGGGCCUUGGAUUUGACCCAGGAGGAGCGCUCCAAGGGUAAGACUGUUGAGGUUGGCCGUGCCUUCUUCAAGGUCUCCAUCCCCCACCCCGAUGGACCCAUCGAGCGCCAAUUCUCCAUCCUGGACGCCCCCGGCCACAAGUCUUACGUCCCCCACAUGAUUGGUGGUGCUUCCCAGGCAGAUCUUGGUUGUCUGGUCAUCUCUGCCCGUAAGGGUGAAUACGAGACUGGUUUCGAGAAGGGUGGCCAAACCCGUGAGCACGCACUGCUCGCUCGUAACACCGGUGUCUCGAAGUUGGUCAUCGUUGUCAACAAGAUGGACGACCCUACUGUCGAAUGGAGCAAGGACCGUUUCGAUGAAUGUACCGUCAAGGUCAUGAAGUUCCUCGAAGCCCUUGGCUACAAGAAGGCCGACAUCUAUUGCAUGCCUAUUUCUGCCCAGCGCACUAUCGGUAUCAAGGACCGGGUUCCCAAGGAAAUGUGUCCCUGGUACGAUGGCCCAUCAUUGCUUGAGUACUUGACCGCAUUCGAGCUCCCUGAGCGUAAGAUCAAUGCGCCCUUCAUGAUGCCUAUCAGUGCCAAGUACAAGGACAUGGGUACCAUGGCUGAGGGCCGUAUUGAGUCUGGUAUCAUCAAGAAGAGCGGUACCUACCUCAUGAUGCCCAACCGCGAGGAGGUUCAAAUCUCUGCCCUAUACGGCGAGACGGAAGAGGAGAUCCCGAAUGCCAAGGUUGGUGAUCAGGUCCGCAUGCGUCUCCGUGGUAUCGAAGAAGAAGAUUUCUUCCCUGGUUUCGUGCUCUGCUCCCCAAAGCGUCCAGUUCACUGUGUGUCUGCUUUCGAGGCCAAGAUCCGUAUUUUGGAUCUCAAGAGCAUUCUGACCGCCGGAUUCAACUGUGUGCUUCACGUCCACUCCGCUGUUGAAGAAGUUACUUUCGCCUCCCUGCUGCACAAACUCGAGCCUGGCACCGGCCGCAAGAGCAAGCGUCCGCCUCAAUUUGCCAGCAAGGGCCAGACCAUUAUUGCCCGUCUUGAGGUUACCAGCACAGCCGGUGCAGUCUGUGUCGAGAAGUUCUCAGACUACGAGCAGCUCGGCCGUUUCACCCUGCGUGAUCAGGGUCAAACUAUCGCCAUCGGUAUGAUCACCAAGCUCAUCACCCCCGAGACCGAGGGCCAGUAA